CCUCAGAGGCGCGGUGCGUUCUGGGAAGCUUCUGAGAUGGCCGGCGCGUGAGGCUGCGUUGCCCUUUCGAGCGGAAAAGUCGGAGCGAGGCAGAAGCUCGAUGGAGGCGGCGUGGCGGCUGAUGACGGCCGCACCGCGGUCCUGGGUGGGCAGUCUUCUCGCCCCUACAGCUCGUCGCCUGUUCAGCACAGGAGUUCCUAACUCAUUUCUGGUGAAAGAGCCUCCUCCUCCAAAAGUGGUUGACAGAUGGAAUGAGAAACGAGCACUCUUUGGUGUCUAUGACAAUAUUGGAAUUUUGGGGGAUUUCAAAGCCCACCCCAAGGACUUGAUUGUAGGGCCCAUAUGGCUACGUGGCUGGAGGGGGAAUGAACUGCAGAGAUGCAUUCGCAAAAAGAAAAUGGUGGGUGACCGAAUGUUUGCUGAAGAUUAUCAUAAUCUGAAUAAGAGAAUUAAAUUCUUGUACAAGCGUUAUAAUCGCUAUGGACUGCAUCGCUAAGAGCAGGUUCUCUGUAACAACAUUUAUCUCCCAAAACAUUGUAUAUUUCUGGAAAAUAUUUCUUAGUGGUUCUAAUGUGCAGAAACUGGUGGCUGUGUGAAGCUGUCCAACCGUCAUCCUCAUCAUCUUGUUCUGUCUUUUGAAUUAUUUUCUAUUUCCAGUUAUUUUUCUUUUACUUCAUUAAUCAAAAUACUUCAGUGUGUUGAUGUGCCAUUCCUUAGAAGUAUCAUUCAAGCAAUUUUGAUUUCAUGUGCAUUUCAAUCAAAAGAGUGCAGCAGUUUAAGGAUGGGAUAAUUUUUUAUAGCAGUUUGCCAACCUGGUUAAAGUAUAAUUGCAAAUAAUAAAUUUCAUCUUUUUAUAUUGCCUCCUCUUUGUCUCUGACCAUCUGAGUUUUUCCCCACUUAGGUUUUAUGUAGAAUACCCACAACCCAUGUUUUUAGAUGUUUUAGUACAGUAUUUGAUUCUUCUUGUGAUAGAGAAUGACUUCCAGUUUUGUGUGUCUAUUGCAAUGAAACUGAAAUACAAAUGGUCCUUAAUAUGA